GUGCUGUAUUAUCGUUGACGCCAGUAAGUUUAAAACCAACGUUUUCAUAAUGAGCAAAACGUUCAGUUAUUAAAUUAUUGACGGAUAACUUUUUGCAGGUUGUCUGCACGUUAAACAACGAAUAAUUUUGUCAAUGAUUUAGAAAAUACUAAAUCAUUUAAAAAUAUAACAUUUUUUAACUGUAAAUCAGCUACAAUAUGUGGACCGGAUGGAUGUUUCUCUUUGAGUAUAACAUGACAACUGGGUACCGGAACUACAACCGGAUUUUCGCGGUGGCUUCAGCAGCGGUACUGAUGUUUACGUGUACCAUGCAAAUCGUGACGGCCGGCACAGACAUCCCCGACGACUUGGCAGGAGAAUUUUGUGCCAAAGUGGGAUGCUGCACCGAGAGGCGUGACGAAGGUUGCUCCGCACCGAUAUUGGGCACGUUGUGUUAUUGUGACGAUUUCUGCUACGUCAACCGCACCGGAUCAGAAGAUUGUUGUCCCGACUUUAUGUCGUUCUGCAAAGGCGUCGAACCGCCCGUUCCUGAUCCGCUAACCGCCCAACCAAAAUGUAGUCUUGGUGAAGUGGUAAAUAUCAAUUGCAAUGAAUGCCGAUGUCUAAAAACUAAUAAAAACACGACGCUGAUAUGUAAUGAAAACGAAUGUCUUAUUGAUCCGACACUCUUAAACACGAUUAAAAUCCAAAGCCGUAAAUUUGGGUGGUCGGCCAGAAAUUACAGUGAAUUUUGGGGCAAAACAUAUGACGACGGACUUAAAUGGCGACUAGGUACACUGCAAUCACCAGAAAAGAUUUUACAAAUUGUACCUUUGAAAGCAGUGUUUCAUAGAGAUAAUUUAAAGUCAUCUUUCGAUCUACGCAAAGUUUGGGGCGAAAGCAUUACCGAUCCUAUAGAUCAGGGUUGGUGUGGUGCGUCCUGGGCCAUAAGCACAGUUCAAGUAAUCACCGACCGUUUUGUUAUGCUGACCAGAGGAUUGAUGGUUGAUGCGCUGUCACCGAAACAUCUGUUGUCCUGUAACAAUCUCGACCAACAGCAAGGAUGCCAAGGCGGCCAUUUGACCAGUGCUUGGAAUUGGAUUAGGAAAUUUGGACUCGUCACAGAACAAUGUUACCCGUGGGAUGGUCGGACGGCAGGUUGUGCGGUGACCAAUAAGAGGAGCAGCAAUGACUUGAUCGUGUCAUGUCCGCGUUCGUCCAAAACUGUUCAAGUCAGGCGAGUCGGUUUGAUGUACAGAGUGACCACAGAAGAGGGUAUUAUGAAUGAGAUAAUGAAUUGGGGAUCAGUCCAAGCCAUGAUGAAAGUGUCCAAAGAAUUUUUCAUGUACGAGUCGGGCGUGUACAGAUGUUCGAAUGUGACCGAGGGGUUAAAAACAGGAUAUCACACUGUAAGGAUUGUUGGCUGGGGCGAAGAACAACAGAAUGGAAAAACAGUAAAAUAUUGGAUCGUUUCAAACUCAUGGGGACGUUGGUGGGGUGAAAACGGAUAUUUCCGGAUACUGAAAGGAACCAACGAGUGCCAUAUUGAAGAUUUCGUUGUAGCCGCAAUGGCGGACAUCGGCGAUUUCUGUAACACAGCGAAUCGUUCGUUCCAAGAAAAUGCUUCAUACACAUUGAAUGGCACCAAAAUUGAUAUUUCAUAAGUAAAUUAAUUCAUUCAUUUAGCACACAAAAAUUAGUCGAAAAAAUUUAAUCAUGAUUUAAUAUUUGUUUACAAUUAAAUUAAGUUUGAACUUCUUUCACAUAAAAUAAUAAGUAUAUCAGGUUAAAAAUAUUUAAAAUUAAUCUAUCGAGUGUAUCAAUAUUCAUACUGAGAAAAUAUAAUACUUAA